CUCAUUGCCCCCUCACCUCAGAUACCACUCUGGAGAUCUUAAAGACUCUCGAGAAAAGCCACGUGGGGGGCUGGUUCCCCUGGGGCUUCCUCCCGUCCCCCGACUGCCUAAUUCUUUGGAGCGUCCCCGAUGUCUGCAAAGAUGUGGAUUUGGACGUCCUCGUGGAAGCCCUGAAGCCCGUGGGGACUUUUAAGAAGAUCGGGAAGGUGUUCCGCAAGGAGGAGGACUCCACGGUGGGGAUGCUGCAGAUUGGGGAGGACGUCGAUUAUUUGCUCAUCCCCCGGGAGGUCAGGCUGGCCGGGGGCGUCUGGAGAGUCAUCUCCAAGCCCGCCACCAAGGAAGCAGAAUUUCGGGAGCGGCUGAUCCAGUUCCUGGAAGAAGAAGGCCGCACCCUGGAGGACGUGGCCCGAAUCAUCGAGAAGAGCACCCCGCACCCGCCCCAGCCCCCCAGAAAGCCCAGGGAGCCCCGAGUGAGGAGAAGAGUGCAGCAGAUGGUGACUCCUCCGCCCCGGUUGGUCGUGGGCACCUACGACAGCAGCAAUGCCAGCGACAGUGAGUUGAGCGACUUCGAGACCUCCAGAGACCAGAGCCGCCAAGGCCCGCGGCGGGGCAAGGCGGUGCGCAGGAUGCCGGUCAGCUACCUGGGCAGCAAGUUCCUGGGCAGCGAUCUGGAGAGCGAGGAUGAUGAGGAACUGGUCGAGGCCUUCCUCCGGCGAGAGGAGAAGCAGCCCAGUGCGCCGCCUGCCCGCCGUCGCGUCAACCGGCCAGUGCCGAUGUUUGAGGACAACCUGGGGCCUCGGCUGUCCAAGGCGGACAGGUGGCGGGAGUAUGUCGGCCAGGUGUCCUGGGGGAAGCUGAAGCGGAGGGUGAAGGGUUGGGCGCCGAGGGCGGGACCCGGGGUGGGUGAGGCCCGGCUGUCCUCCACCGCAUCAGGGAGCGCAGGAGUAUCAUCCGCGCCAGAGGGCACCAGCCCCAGGGAUCGCGUGGGAAACGCGGGAGAUGCCUGUGCGCCCCAGACCUCCCCCAGGCGAUGGAGGCCCAAGAUCAACUGGGCCUCCUUUCGACUCCACAGAAAGGAGCAGACAGCAUCCACAGGUCAGGGGGCAGACUUCCAGGCUAAUCAUGGGGGAGAGGCUGCAGAUAAUCAGAGGGAAGGGGCCAUAGCUGACCGGAGGGAAGAGGCCCCAGCUGACCAGGGGCCAGAGGCUGCAGAUAACCAGAGAGAAGAGGUUGCUGAUAAUCAGAGGGAAGAGGCCGCAGCUGACCAGGGGCCAGAGGGUGAAGAUAACCAGAGGGAAGAGGCUGCAGAUAAUCAGAGGGCAGAGGCCCCAGCUGACCAGGGGUCAGAGGCUGCAGAUAAUCAGAGGGCAGAGGCCCCAGCUGACCAGGGGUCAGAGGCUGCAGAUAAUCAGAGGGCAGAGGCCCCAGCUGACCAGGGGUUAGAGGCUGCAGAUAAUCAAAGGGAAGAGGCCGUACAUGACCAGAGGGAAAGGUCCCCAGCUGUCCAGGGUGCAGAUAAUCGGAGGGCCCAGGCUGCACAUAAUCAGAGGGCAGGUGCCCCAGGCAUCCAGGAAGCUGAAGCUUCAGCUGCCCAAGGGACCACAGGGACAGCUUCAGGAGCCAGGGCCCGGAAACAGGUCAAGACAGUGAGGUUCCAGACCCCUGGACGCUUUUCGUGGUUUCGCAAGCACCGGAGAGCCUUCUGGCACACUCCCCGGUUGCCAACCCUGCCCAAGAGAGUCCCCAGGGCCGGUGAGGCCAGGAACCUCAGAGUGCUGAGGGCUGAGGGCAGAGCAGAAGCUGAGCAGGGAGAGCAAGAAGACCAGCUGUGAAGUGGGAGCUAGGGACAGCGCACAGGCCCUCCCUCCGUGUGGGGGAGAGAGGUUGAUCUUUCUGCCUCUGAACUUGAAAACGGAGGUGGAUGCUGCCCACAUCUCCACCUAAGCACCCUCUUUAUUCUCUUGUUAAAAUCUAGUCUCAUGCUUUGAUUUUUUUUGUUGUUAUUUUUUAGAGACAGGGUCUCACUCUGUUGCCCAGGCUGGAGUGCAGUGGCAUGAUCGUAACUCACUGCAGCCUCAAACUUCUGGCCUCAAGUGAUCCUCCUGCCUCGGCCUCCCAAAGCACUGGGAUUACAGAUGUGAGCCACCAUGUGCACCACCUGAUUUUUUAAAAAAAGACUGAUUCCUUGUAGCAACGCAAAGAAUGUAAGGAAAGAAAUCGAUAGGAUAGGGUGGCAUCACCCAUAGUUUUAGCUUUCUCAGAUGCAACUCAAGGUGCUCAGUUUGAAACAGGAGAGAGGGAGGGCAGGGGGGAAACCGCCUCUGUUUCCAUCUCCCUUCGCCUGCACACUUAAUGUUGACUGCCUCCUUGGACUUAAAAAGAAGGCUUGAGCCAACAUAGAAAUAAAACAUUCACGAACUGA